CAGCACUGGGAUGUGUUUCGGACGAUUACAGAAGUUUUUAUCCUGGUUCCUGCCUUGGUUGGCCUGAAGGGUAAUCUUGAGAUGACACUGGCGUCCAGGCUCUCCACUGCCGCUAACACCGGACAGAUGGAUGAUGCCCAGAAACAAUGGAAGAUGGCCACCUGCAAUUUAGCCCUUAUCCAGGUUCAGGCCACUGUGGUGGGACUUCUGGCUGCUGUUGCUGCUGUGAUCCUGGGAGCCAUCUCCAAGGGCUCCGUGGAGCUGAGCCAGGCUGCCGUGCUGUGUGCCAGCAGCGUGACCACGGCCUUCGUAGCUGCACUUUCCCUUGGUCUGGUGAUGAUUGGUGUGAUCAUCGGAGCAAGGAAGGUUGGGAUCAAUCCAGACAAUGUCGCCACCCCCAUAGCAGCGAGCCUUGGAGACCUGAUAACCCUUUCCCUGCUGGCAGGAAUCAGCACAUUUUUCUAUCAAAAGGAUAUGAAAUACCUUUCUCCUCUGAUCUGUGCCGUCUUCAUUGUCAUGAUCCCUCUCUGGGUUGCGAUCGCCAAGCAGAGUCCUUCCCUUGCUGAGGUCCUGAAGUCUGGAUGGCAGCCAGUCAUCGUUGCCAUGAGCAUCAGCAGCAUUGGUGGGCUCAUCUUGGACAAGACUGUAACUGACCCCAACUUUGAAGGCAUGGCAGUUUUCACACCUGUGAUUAAUGGUGUUGGAGGGAACCUGGUCGCUAUCCAGGCCAGCCGUAUUUCCACAUUCCUGCACUUUUGGAGCAUGCCUGGAGUUUUGCCAUACAAGAUGAGGCAGCAUUGGCCCAACCCAUGCACCACAUUCUUCUCAUCAGAGGUGAACUCCAAGUCAGCCCGAGUCCUGUUCCUCCUGGUUAUCCCAGGGCACCUUGUAUUCCUCUACACCAUCCAUUUGCUCCAGGGAGGCCACACGUCUCUGUCGUUCACCUUUGUGAUGUUCUAUCUGACUGCUGCUUUGCUGCAGGUGGGAAUCCUGCUCUACGUGGCUGACCUCAUCGUGCGCCUGAUGUGGAGGAAGGCGCUGGAUCCCGAUAAUUUCUCCAUCCCCUACCUCACCGCCCUGGGGGAUCUCCUGGGGACCGGAUUCCUGGCUGCCUGUUUCCGCCUGGUUUGGCUCGUCCAUGGUGCAGACAUGAACCUGGGGAACUGA